CAUAGUUUGGUAAAAGUAAAUACAUUUGGGGACGGUGUUACAACGGUAGAUUCACUGGGUACAUCAUCGGUUCUAGGCAUGUUAUUGUCAGUUUCCUUUUAUUGCUCCUCAUGCUGAUUGGUUUAAUGAUUAGUUCCUCCUUGCUCAUGGAUUUGGUGUGAUCUUCGUGUAAUACCAACCUCUCCAUCAUCAUCCAAAAGUGGUCUUGAACCAAUUGCUUCAUCAAAGAUUAUAUGAGUGCUCUCUUCAAUGCAUUGAGUACAUUUAUGGAGUACUUUGUGGGCCUUACUAUGUGAGGAGUAUCCAAAGAAGAUUGCUUCGUCACUUCGAGCAUCAAAUCUACAUAUGAGAUUGAAUAGAAUUUAUGAAUGCAGUGACAACACAUGGUUGAAGAGACUGUACAGUCAUAGAGAAAAGUGGUGUCCUGCUUUUUCGAAGGAUUACUUCUCUGGUGGUAUUCUAUCCUCACAAAGAAGUGAAUCUACAAAUAGAUCCAUAUCUAGAAGACUUACAAAGACUACAACAUUAUGUGAUUUUUACAAAAUGUUUUGUGAUGUUGUUGAUGAGUGGAGGUUAGAGGAGAAUGGUCAUGAUUUUAGAUGUUCCGAAGGCACCGUUGAGAUGGUAUUGCUACAAGACAGUUUGUUGUCUCAUGCGAGAGAUGUGUAUACCCUUGAGAUUUUCAAAGUGUUCCAAGAACAAUAUUUGAAGGGUAUGUCUCAUUUUUUUAAAUUAAUCUCUCAGAAUGGCGAUGAUUAUGUGUAUAAUCUUUGGUUGGAAGGGGUAGAUUUGAUUAGACACAGUGUUACUUUUAAUCAAAAUGCCAAUACAGUGACCUGCACUUGUAAGAUGUUUUCUGAAGUUGGCAUUUUUUGUAGACACAUUUUGCGUAUCUAUAAUGUCCAUUGUGUCAAAUGUAUUCCCCAAGUUUAUAUACUCUCUAGAUGGACAAAGGCUGCCAUUCUGCCAAAUGUUAAUCUUUCUCUUACGCACGGAACCGAUAAUAUGUUUGGCAAAAUAUUGGAAGAUUCUGUUUGGAUGGUGCAAAUGACUAGGAAAUUCAACUCAGUAUUGGGUGCAAGUGCUGGUUUUCCUGAAGCUAGGCGAGUAUGUGAGCAAGGAUAUGAUUCGAUUAAACAAUUUUUAGAUAUACAAAGAAAUUCUUCUGUUUUGGAUGAAUCUGCUUCAAGAACAAUAUUGGAUCCUCCACGCUCUCGUCCUAAAGGUCAACGAAAUGCCCGAAAGAGAAGUAUUGUUGAGAAACAGUGCAAAAUAGUCAAAGCUCGUCGUUCCAAAUCCCAAAAUGUUGCCUCCAAUUCAAAAGCAGUCGCACAAUCUGUUAUACAGGACACGGUUAAUUUCAUGGUUCCACAAUGUUAUGUACUUGCUCAUCCAGUUGGAGGAAUGACGUCUUUACUGCAUGUGCCUAGAUCUCCACCAGUUUUUGCUCCAUACUUCAUGCAAUCAAAUGUUGUGAACCAGAUGCAGAAUUAGUUAUAGUUAUACAUGUUUAUCAAACCAACUGCUUUGAGGAGUUUGCAUAUCUUAUUGUGGGUUAUUACUAUUGUUGCAACCUGAGUUAUAUUUGAUUUUAUGGAAUUUAUAUUGUCUUUA